UUCCCGCCUGCCCGGCCCGGCGCCGUCUCCGCCUCCGCCUCCCUUUGCCUUUCUCCCGUGCGGCGCUUUCUGGCCGGCGGCGGGGCCCGGACACGCGGCCGGCAGCGGAGGCUGCCGAGGGGAUUGCAGUUACGGAAGAUAGACACCCGGGCGAUUCUACCUUCUGCCAUGGCUCAGUUUGGAGGACAGAAAAAUCCCCCUUGGGCUACUCAGUUUACAGCCACUGCGGUGUCUCAGCCAGCUGCCCUGGGCGUGCAGCAGCCCUCGCUGCUGGGAGCCUCCCCGACCAUCUACACGCAGCAGACGGCGCUGGCAGCCGCGGGGCUGACCACGCAGAGCCCCGCCAACUACCAGCUGAGCCAGAGCGCCGCGCUCCAGCAGCAGGCGGCAGCCGCGGCCGCGGCCCUGCAGCAGGUAAAGCACACACCGCGGCCGGCGCUCCCCGAACUGCGUAAAGCUAAAGGAUCCAGGAGGAAAGGAGAAUGGAAAAUGCAAUAUUCCCAACCUCAGCAGACUCUCUAUAGUGUACAGCAACAGUUGCAGCAACCUCAGCAGACCCUUUUAACUCAGCCGGCGGUCGCGCUCCCCACCAGCCUGAGCCUGUCCACGCCCCAGCCGGCGGCGCAGAUCACUGUCUCCUACCCCGCCCCCCGCUCCAGCCAGCAGCAAACCCAGCCCCAGAAGCAGCGGGUCUUCACUGGCGUGGUCACCAAGCUACACGACACCUUUGGCUUUGUGGAUGAAGAUGUCUUUUUUCAGCUUAGCGCUGUUAAAGGCAAGACACCUCAGGUGGGUGACAGAGUUCUGGUAGAAGCUACUUACAACCCCAACAUGCCUUUCAAAUGGAAUGCCCAGAGGAUCCAGACGCUGCCCAACCAGAACCAGAGCCAGGCGCAGCCGCUGCUGAAGACGCCGCCGGCCGUCCUGCAGCCCCUGGCGCAGCAAACCUUCGGCGUGCAGGCGCAGCCACAGCCGCAGUCCCUGCUGCAGGCACAGAUCUCUGCAGCCUCCAUCACACCCCUGCUCCAGACACAGCCUCAGCCCCUGCUGCAGCAGCCACAGCAGAAAGGUGGCUUGCUGCAGCCCCCAGUCCGUCUGGUUUCACAGCCACAGCCAGCUCGAAGACUCGACCCACCAUCCAGAUUUUCUGGGAGGAAUGACCGAGGUGGAGACCCUAUGCCAAACCGGAAAGAUGACAGGAGCCGUGAAAGAGAGCGGGAGAGGCGCAGGUCCCGGGAGAGAUCCCCGCAGAGGAAGCGCUCCCGGGAGCGGUCGCCACGGCGGGAGAGGGAGCGCUCCCCGCGCAGACCGCGGCGCGUCGUGCCCCGCUACACCGUGCAGUUCUCCAAGUUCUCCUUGGACUGCCGUAGCUGUGAUAUGAUGGAGCUGAGGAGGCGUUACCAGAACUUGUACAUCCCCAGCGACUUCUUUGAUGCUCAGUUUACCUGGGUGGAUGCUUUCCCUAUGUCUAGACCAUUUCAGCUGGGAAACUACUGUAAUUUCUAUGUAAUGCACAGAGAAGUAGAUCCUAUAGAUAAGAACGCUGCUGUCCUUGAUCCACCUGAUGCUGAUCAUCUCUACAGUGCUAAGGUGAUGCUGAUGGCUAGUCCUAGCAUGGAAGAUCUCUACCACAAGUCAUGUGCUCUGGCUGAGGAUCCCCAAGAACUUCGUGAUGGAUUUCAGCAUCCUGCUAGACUUGUAAAGUUUUUAGUGGGUAUGAAAGGCAAAGAUGAAGCUAUGGCAAUUGGAGGACACUGGUCCCCCUCACUGGAUGGACCUGAUCCAGAAAAGGACCCUUCGGUGCUGAUAAAGACGGCAAUUCGUUGUUGCAAGGCUCUUACAGGGAUUGACUUAAGUGUGUGCACACAAUGGUACCGUUUUGCAGAGAUUCGCUACCAUCGCCCUGAGGAGACCCACAAGGGGCGUACAGUUCCAGCUCAUGUGGAGACAGUGGUUUUAUUUUUCCCGGAUGUUUGGCAUUGCCUUCCCACCCGCUCAGAGUGGGAAACCCUCUCCCGAGGAUACAAGCAGCAGCUGGUCGAGAAGCUUCAGGGUGAACGCAAGGAGGCUGAUGGAGAACAGGAUGAAGAGGAAAAGGAUGAUGGGGAAGCUAAAGAGAUCUCUACGCCUACACACUGGUCUAAACUGGAUCCAAAAACAAUGAAGGUAAAUGACCUUCGCAAAGAAUUAGAAAGUCGAACCCUUAGCUCCAAGGGACUGAAAUCUCAGCUGAUAGCUCGACUGACCAAGCAGCUGAAAGUAGAGGAACAAAAAGAAGAGCAAAAGGAGCUAGAGAAGUCUGAGAAAGAAGAGGAAGAGGAGGAGGACAGGAAAUCUGAAGAUGAUAAAGAGGAGGAGGAGAGGAAGCGGCAGGAGGAGCUGGAGCGCCAGCGGCGGGAGCGGCGCUACAUCCUGCCGGACGAGCCGGCCAUCAUCGUGCACCCCAACUGGGCAGCCAAGAGUGGCAAGUUUGACUGCAGCAUCAUGUCCCUGAGCGUGCUGCUGGACUACAGGCUGGAGGAUAACAAAGAGCAUUCCUUUGAGGUAUCAUUGUUUGCAGAACUCUUCAAUGAAAUGCUUCAGAGAGAUUUUGGUGUCAGAAUUUACAAAGCACUGAUUUCUCUCCCAGAGAGAGAGGACAAAAAGGACAAAAAAAGCAAAAAAGAUGAGAGAAAAGAAAAAAAAGAAGAAAAAGAUGAUGAAACUGAUGAUCCAAAACCUAAAAGAAGAAAAUCUGGAGACGAUAAAGAUAAAAAAGAAGAGAGAGAUGAAAAGAAGAGGGAAGAUAAAAGGAAAGAUGAUUCUAAAGAUGAAGAAGAACCAGAAGAGGACAAUAAUCAGGAAGAAUACGAUCCAAUGGAGGCAGAAGAGGCUGAAGAUGAAGAUGAAGAAUGCAGACCACUCGCAACUCCCAUUGAAGUCAGUAGGAGAUACCGGGACGAGGAGGAAAUGAACAAACGGGAGGACAGAAAAGAGGGAAAUAAACAUUGUAAAGAGAGGGCAUCUAAAGAUAAAGAGAAAGACAAGACCCAGAUGGUAACUGUUAACAGGGAUCUCCUGAUGGCUUUUGUUUAUUUUGAUCAAAGUCAUUGUGGAUACCUUCUGGAGAAGGACAUGGAGGAGAUCCUGUACACUCUUGGACUUCACCUGUCACGUGCUCAGGUCAAGAAGCUGCUCAAUAAAGUAGUGCUUCGAGAAUCUUGUUUUUAUAGAAGACUGACAGACACUUCUAAAGAUGAAGAAAACCAAGAGGAGUCUGAAGAGCUGCAGGAAGAUAUGCUAGGGAACCGGCUGCUGCUGCCGUCGCCCGCGGUGAAGCAGGAGUGCAAGGCCGUGGAGGAGAACGUGGGGCUCAUCGUGUACAACGGGGCCAUGGUGGAUGUGGGCAGCCUCCUGCAGAAGCUGGAGAAGAGUGAAAGGGUGCGGGCAGAGAUUGAGCAAAAGCUGCAGCUACUAGAAGAAAAAACAGAUGAGGAUGAAAAAACUAUACUACAACUGGAGAAUUCUAACAAAAGUCUGUCUGCGGAGCUGAAAGAAGUAAAAAAGGACCUUGGCCAACUGCAAGAAAAUUUGAAGACCUCAGAUGAUAAAAAAUUGCAAUUCGAGGGUCAGCUGAAUAAGACAAUCAAAAAUUUAGCUACUGUUAUGGAUGAAAUACAGAGUGUUCUCAAACAGGACGUUGUGAAGAACGAAGAUAAAGAUCAGAAAUCCAAAGAAAAUGGAGCAAACGUAUGAUAAACUGCUGCUGUUAGAAGAAUGGUGUUACAUAAUGUAAUAUAAAUCAUGAUACCAGAAUGUAUGGGAAGUGAUGCAUGUUUGAUUUUAGUAGUAUAAAUAUCUUAGUUCCAAAAGAUGUAUAAAGUUUUAUGAAUGUGUCUGCUCCAGAAGAUUGCUUGUAAUUCUUAGGAUUCAAGUUGAGACACUCCUCGAGUGAAAAUAAUUUUGCAUUGCGAAAAGUUUUAGGAUGAACUUUGUUAUAGUUUUAACCCUAAUAAAGUUCAUCAAGGUAACAAA